AUGGCCGCCGCGCCCGCGGCCCCCAGCGCGCCCCCCGACGCCGGCGUCUUUGCCGUCCCCCGUCCCAUCCGCUCCCUGUUCAAUCUCUUCCCGCUGUGCACCUACGGGCCGGAGCCUCUCCCCGUCCGCGCACCGGACCGAUCCCGUCCCCGCGCAAAACUCUACGUCUUCUCGUCGCACGAGGAUGCGCUCCAAGGACGGCCAAGCUUCAAUCCCACCUGUCUCAAGUGGCAGGUUCGCCGACCCCCCCCCUCAAACCUCAAACCCCAAACCCCAGACCCCCACGACCCGCGUGCAUCUGACAGGAAACAAAACAAAAACCACCAGACAUACCUGCGCAUGGCCAACAUCGAAGUCGACCUCGUCCCGUCCACGAACCACGCCUCCCCGUCCGGCGCCCUCCCCUUCCUGCUCCCCCCGUCGACCGACUCCAGACCAGACAUUGCCCUCACGGGCAGCAAGAUCGCCCACUACGCGCAGAAACACUCCACAUACUCGCCCAUCCGGGAGUCCACGUCCCCAAGGACGGAAGCGUACCUCUCGCUCAUGGCCCAGUCCAUCCGUCCAGCGUGGCUCCACGCGCUCUACAUCUCGCCCAGACACACGGCCCUCCUGACGAGCCUCUACCUCCCCCCCUCGCGGCUCGUGUCGACGCCGCUCCUGCACACCCUCCGCUCCGCCGCGACGGCCGAGAUCCUCAAAACCACACGCCGGCCCUUCCUCGUCCCCGCGCAGCUGUACGCGGACGCCCGAACCGCCUUCCGGGCGCUAGACACGCUCCUAUCCUCAGACGAGUGGUUCUUUGGCGCCCACGAGCCGGGCUUGUUCGACGCAGACGUCUUUGCGUACACGCACCUCAUUCUGGAUGCCUCGUUCGGAUGGCAGGACGAUGCGCUGAGGGCCUGCCUCGACGACUGUGAGAAUCUGGCCGAGCACCGGCAGCGGUGCUACGAGCGGUGCUGGCACUAG